AUGUCAGACUUGCAACCUAGUAAUGAUUUGAGUGCAACAAAUGAUGAAACGCAAAUUACUCCCAAGUCAAAUUUAAAUGCAAAAAAUGAAAGUCAAAAUACACUAGUUGUUGAUGAAUUUUUAAAGAAUGAGUCAAUAAGUGAGACUAAUAAAAAUUUAAUGAAGAGAGCAUCAGCCUUAAAUACAUCAACUUCAACCGCAGUUUUAACUUUAGAUGAAGGGAUUUCUGAAAAAGAAACGAGAUUCAGCUAUCAAAAGGAAGAGUCGAAUACAAUCAAAACGUCAAAUAAAAGUAAUCUUACUAGUGCUAUUGAAAAAAGUAAUAAACUAAAGGCUAAUGAAGUCAAUGAAAAACAUGACAAAUUUGUGACUGAUGAAAAGCCCAAAUUGUCAAUGAUUAAACAAGUAGAUGAAGUCGAUGCCAAAUUAAAUUCAGCAAAAAUUAAAGAUUUAGGAAAGGAAAGAAUCGAAAGCAAUCUCGUUGAAGAACCAAAUUCACUUGUACAAGAUAAUGACCAGGUUGAUUCAAACCAUGCUGCUAGUAGUUGUUCAACCAUUUCAAAACUAGAUUUGAAAUGUAUAUUUAAGAAUAUUAAAAAUUGGAUUCUUAACAGGGAAACAGGAAUAAAUAAUGGAAUCAGACCAUCUUUUGUUUCAAGUGCUGGUUCAGAAGAUGGUUCAAACGAAAUAAAUUCAAUACCAUUAAUUGAGCUACCAUUAAUUCCAAUAAAUUAUAGAUCAAGAGAAAUCAAUGGAUUUGGUAUAUUAUCAAAAUCUCAAUCAUUACCAAUGAAGAUUAAAAAACAAUACUUACAUCUAUUAACGAGUGGAGUAAUUGAAUUGAUUGAAUUUUGUAAAUAUUUGGAAAUUUUGAAUGAGAAAUUUAAAAGACAUGAUAAUUAUGCAGCUAUUCAACAAAGUUUUUCAAAUCAUUUUAGAAAAAUUCAUUUGGAUUUACCAUUUACUGAAAAUGAUUUAAAAAUAAAUGAAGAUAUAAAUGAAGAAUUAUUAUUACAAUUGAAAAUUUUGUUUAAUGAUUUAUUUCAAUCAAAUUAUAUAAUUUGGAUUGUUAAUAAAUUUGAAUUUGAUGGAUUUGUUAAAAGAUUUAGAAAAUUAAUAGCUCAUGUUUUGAAAAAUGAUUUUAAUUAUGAUGUUAAUUAUGAUAGAGAAUAUUUUUAUAAACAUGUUGUUGCUGCUAGUUUAUUAGAAUGGAGAAAAAAUAUUCCAUUUCCUGAAUAA